AUGAAAAAAAAACGAAAAAAUGCAAAUGAAAUCGAUGAUAAUUACUAUUAUCUAGAAUUUUUCAUUCCAACUGCUGCCAAUAUGUUUAAUUUAAUAAUGCUCAUGUAUAAUGAUUCGAACAUGGAUGUUCAUAUUAGUGCACUUAGUGAAGAUAAUAUUCGUCAUUCGUUAGCUGAUGGCAAACAAAUAUUUCAUGCUGUUAAACACGACAGUCAACUAUUAGUCAAUGCUACUCAAUAUUAA